AUGACUUUGCGCAAUAAGAGAGAGGUCGAAACCCGACCCGAGAAAGCAAAGCCGAAGGAGCAUUUGGCUCCCUCCGACCUCGAUGACUUUGGGGAGGAGAGUUCACAGAGUAAGGAGGGAACCCCUCCAGUCACACCUACAUCACCCACUUCUGUGUCAGCGGGCUCUAAGGUACCACCCUAUGUGCCUAAAGCCCCGUUCCCAUCAUGUUUGAAUGCACCAUCUCCCUUUCCUAAGAGGGGAGUAUCUAUGGAGGUUACCCUUGAGGUAUUCAAGCAAGUGAAAGUUAACAUCCCACUCCUAGAUGCCAUCAAACAAGUCCCAACUUAUGCAAAAUUUCUAAAGGACCUCUGCACUCAAAAGAGGAAAAACCAAACCAAUGUGUCUAAAAAGGUCCUUCUCACCGAGCAAUUGAGCUCUGUUUUUCAAUCGGAUGCUCCCCUUAAGAUGCAAGAUCCUGGUACCCCAACUAUUAAUAUAGUCAUUGGGAGGCAUGCCAGAGAGCGAGCACUUUUAGACUUAGGGGCUAGUGUUAACUUGAUUCCGUACUUGGUGUAUGAACAAUUGGGGCUUGGGGAAUUGAAGCCCACGUCGAUUACCUUGCAAUUAGCUGAUAGAUCCAUUAAGGUGCCAUGUGGAGUAGUUAAGGACAUUCUUGUCAAGGUUAAUGAUUUUUACUUUUCGGCUGAUUUUAUAGUCCUUGACACGGAACCGAUGCAAACCCUCAAAAAGCAGACUCCGAUUUUUCUUGGUCGUCCUUUAUUGGCGACCGCAGAUGCUAAUAUUCAUGUGAGGAGUGGAAAGAUGGAGGUGACCUUUGGGAACAUGACCCUUAAGCUUAAUGUUUAUAAGGCCGUGAAACACCCUCAAGUGGAGGAAGACUGUUUUGCAGUCGAUGUCGUGGAGGACUUGGUGGAGGAGGCAUUGCCUUAUGUUUUGACCAAUGACCCGUUGGCCGCUCGUUUGGCACACUUUGGGUAUGAGGAGUAUGAUAUCGAUCAGUCCAUCGAGGGGGUGAAUCUAUUACUUAAUAAUUCACCUCCAAAGUGGACAGCGCAAUUUGAACCUCUUCCCGCACUUUCUGAUGAGACCGCCCCUCCGUUUAUUGAGGCUCCACCGAAACUUGAGUUGAAGCCACUUCCAGCUUCUCAUUUAUUUGGCUUACGUUUCUACCAAACGGCGUCUUUCAAAAACCUUAUUUCCGUUACUUUCUCCGUAACGGUGUGCAGAGGAGACGUUUUGUCUCCGUCUCACACCCUUAAAGCCAAAAAAGGGAUCUUCUGGGUUCUUUUACCAAGAACCGAAUUUCCUCUUCCUUUCACUAGGAUCCAGGCAAAAAACAUCCACUCCUCUUCCAUCGCCGCCGUUUGCAACUCGCUCGUGUCACAGAGAUCCCUUUCAUUAAUCUCGUAA